UAAUUGUUUUCCAGGUUCCAGCCGUGACCGCCAGCAGCCACUGUUGUUAGCUAAUCGUCUUCCUCCACAGAAACUAAAGCUAUAUAUGCAUAGAAAUGGCAGACCCAAACUCCACCAGCAGUAUCACCGCCAAACUCAGAGUCGUGAUAUGCAUAGGUGACAUCCAUGGCUACUUCGCCAAGCUCCAAAACCUCUGGUCCAAUCUCCAAACCGUAAUCAACCCCGAAGAUUUUGGCUCUGCUUUGAUCAUCUUUCUGGGUGAUUACUGUGACCGAGGUCCAGAUACCAAGAAAGUCAUAGAUUUCUUGAUUGAUUUGCCCUUGGCCUAUCCAAAUCAAAAGCAUGUGUUUCUCUGUGGCAAUCACGACCUUGCUUUUGCGGCUUUUUUGGGGGUUUUGCCGGAGCCCGGAAACGGGGUAUCGUUUAAGGAGGGAUGGAAGGAGUACGAACAGAACGAGGAGCGAGAAGGUUGGUAUAAAGGACUUGGGUACGAGAAUAUGUAUCUGCAGGGGAGGAGGUGGGCUGGGACUAUUAAAGUUCGGUUCAAUGCUGCUAAAGGGACUGAGUAUAAGGGUUCUAUUUAUGAUGCUGGACCCACAUUUGAGUCCUAUGGAGUCCCUCAUGGGUCUGCUGAUUUAAUGCAGGUGGUUCCUGAUGAGCACAAGAAGUUUCUGGCUGAUAUGGUUUGGGUCCAUGAAGAGGAAAAUGUAUGUAUAGAGAAUGAAGGAGGAGUUAAACCCUGUAAAUUGAUUGCUGUGCAUGCUGGUUUAGAGAAAGGGAAAAAUGUUGAAGAACAACUGAAACUUUUGAAGGCCAAGGAUACCAGGGUGCCCAAGGUAGAGGCUCUCAGUGGGAGGAAAAAUGUGUGGGAUAUCCCAAAGGAAUUAACUGAGAAGCCAACUAUCGUGGUUAGCGGUCAUCAUGGGAAACUUCAUAUUGAAGGUCUUAGGUUGAUUAUCGAUGAAGGUGGUGGACUAGAGAACAAUCCAGUGGCUGCUAUUGUGCUUCCCUCAAUGAAGCUUGUCCGUGAUACAGACAAGUUCACAGAGUAAUUUCAAUUUUGUGGUAGAUACUAGAUUAUAUAAUAACAGUUGCUUCACUUGAUGCUUUCCAAAAUUUAGCCAAGCAUGUUUAUCCAUUCAUGGAAUUGAAUCCAUACUAGCUCUGUGCCAUUUGUAAAUAAUUUAUUUUAAGAACACACUUUGUUCCACUCUCUAUAUUGCUUCUUACACUCAUGUGAUAUUUGCAGAAUGUAUAUCAUUUAUGGUAUUCACAGUUUCUAGUGUAAACUUUGCAAUGUCUUUUAAUAAUUAUUUUCUUUUCCAUGUAGAUUUUAGCAAAA